AUGAGAUCUUUGCCACAUCCUAGAAUUACGAAGAAAAGACGGUGGAAGAGGUUUAAGCGGGCACUAAAGGCAUUGAUCUUUAGCGGUGAUGUUUCUGACCCUGGGGCAUUUGUUUGGAGAAGAAAAAAGAAACCAACGACAAUUGCAACAAGAAGAAGGUUGGAAUUUCCUUCUCAUGGGGCCAUACAUAGUGCUACAGUUGUGCGCAAAAUAGCCACACGCGCCUCUAUGCCUAUACUCAGUCGAGUUCGUGGAAAGAGCAGUCUGUUGAAUAUGACUGUGAGAUUUUAG